AUGUCAACCGAGAAGAAUAAAACGACGAAGGAUAAACCUCCGUCUGAAAUUCUUCUCACUCGCUUGGGACAUAUCAAAGACGUCCACAAAGUCGUCUCGAUUUUGUUUCCAGACGAUGCGGACGACCCGGUCUUGACGCGUUCGCAAACGUGGCUGCGUCCUACACAUGCAACACCGUUGGGGAAAUCUGCAUCGUCUGCAUCAUCAACAACAUCGAGUAGUCACGAGGAGAACGACCGAGUGAGGAUUGCACUCAACACGAACGCGACUGUGAUAGCUUUAAGUCGUUUAAACGUUUUGGUCGUGUGCUCGGUUUGCAACGACGACGCCGACGAGAAAGGUGGUGAUGAUAACGACACGAGACAACACCAAGGUGUGAUUGAAAUACAAGCAACCAAGAAGAACAAAACGAAGAAUAAAGAUAUUCGCACACACGGCGGCAUUUGCGCGCGUUCGUUGGCGUUUGUCGAUUUUGCGCACGAUGAAAAGCCGUUCUUACUGGUAGGGUUGUCUACUGGUCGUUUGGAAGGGUACGAUUGUGCGGAUGUUUGCUCGCCGCGAUUGCUCUUCUCGAGGAAGGUUUCGAGAGCGCCUUUGGUUUCUAUUCGAGCGCGGCCGUACGGGCAACGCCUCGGGCCGAAGAAGGAAAGCGACGACGACGACGAAAGUGCGGUCUUAGAAGAAGAAGAGGACGUGACGAUUUUCGCGGAAAAUGGGGACGUGCUGCGAAUAGAUGCAUUGGAGAUGAAAUCACAUUUACACCGGUUACGAAUGGCUCGAAAGCAAUACGCGCAAGAUUUUCAACCGGAAAAGGACGAUUACAACACGUUAACCGGGAUGGUCAAAUUUGACGGAUUUAAAAGAAUCGCGCCUAUUCGCGACGGCGUGUGCGUAGGUAACGUGCCUUUGACGUGCUCAGAAGUUGGUUUGCGCGAGAGAAGUAAAAGUCGUUUGAAUACAUUGUUGUUUAAUACCAGCGACGACUCGGACAGCGACGACGACGAGAAGGAUGAAAACAAGUUUGGCUUCGUCGCUUGCGGCAAGUUCGGGACGAUUGCGUUCGUGCAAGCGUCUGGUGGGUCAAAGUUUGGCGCCGUGGAAGCUGUAUCCAUGGCGGCAAAGAAAGUAUUUUCGUUUUUCGCGAAGAAGACGAAAGAUAUUCAAAAAAAGCGAUUCGAUAUUGUCGCCGAUGGUGAUGAUGGCGACGAUGAUGAAAACGAAUCCGAAGAAGAAUCUGAAAACAAGACGGCGUUGAAACCGUCGAAAUGGAAAUCCGCCAUCGUCGACGGACCGAGAAAAAUCAAUACUAUUCUCAACUCUCCCGACGGAUCUUUCCUCGCAACGACUGAUUUACUCGGACGAGUGAGCACGUACGAUUGCAAAUACGGCAAUUUGAGUAUGCGGAGUAUGCUGAAAGGAUGUCGCGACUCGGACGUAGGAUUCAUCAACCAAAGAGAUUUGGUCGUGUUGUCGCCACACCGAGGUGGCGGUGUGAUUGAAUACUUUCCCGCGCGGUUAGCGUUCACGAAAGCCGUGCAAAUGGAGAAGGAACUGGUCGUUGGAAGAGAUUCGAGGAUACUUUCUUCGGCGCGUGCGUUUGGAACUUUGUUUAAUAAUAAUACAAAAAAAGCGGAACCAGAAGAAUUGUACAACACGAACUCGUACUUGUUAGGACCGGAUGGUAAUAUAGAUAGAAUUAGCACAUUAGUUAGUUAG